CACGCCCGGCCUCCCGCGCGCCCUGUCAGACCGUGGUGGCCGCUGCAGCUCCUUGAAGCGACUGGCGCACGCACCCUCGUCCCUACCCGCCCGCGGCUUGUUCCACUCCGCCUUCCUAUCGGUCGCACGCUCACCCGCCUGAAGCGACAUGGCCCACGCUCCCGCUAGCUGCCCCAGAUACCCGGGCUCCGGGGAUGGCGAGAUGGGCAAGCUCAGGAAGGUAGCUCUCAUCACCGGCAUCACUGGCCAGGAUGGUUCAUACUUGGCAGAAUUCCUGUUGGAGAAAGGAUACGAGGUCCAUGGAAUAGUACGGCGAUCUAGUUCAUUUAAUACAGGUCGAAUUGAACAUUUAUAUAAGAAUCCUCAGGCUCAUAUUGAAGGAAACAUGAAGUUGCACUAUGGCGACCUCACUGACAGCACCUGCCUGGUGAAAAUCAUCAAUGAAGUGAAGCCUACAGAGAUCUAUAAUCUUGGCGCUCAGAGCCAUGUCAAGAUCUCCUUUGAUUUAGCUGAAUACACCGCAGAUGUUGAUGGAGUUGGCACCUUGCGGCUUCUGGAUGCAAUUAAAACUUGCGGCCUUAUAAAUUCUGUGAAGUUCUACCAGGCCUCGACAAGUGAACUUUAUGGAAAAGUUCAGGAAAUACCCCAGAAAGAGACCACACCUUUCUAUCCGAGGUCACCCUAUGGAGCCGCCAAGCUCUAUGCCUAUUGGAUUGUGGUGAAUUUCCGUGAAGCUUAUAAUCUCUUUGCAGUGAAUGGCAUUCUCUUCAAUCACGAGAGUCCCAGAAGAGGAGCUAAUUUUGUUACUCGAAAAAUUAGCCGGUCAGUAGCUAAGAUUUACCUUGGACAACUGGAAUGUUUCAGUUUGGGAAAUCUGGAUGCCAAACGAGACUGGGGCCAUGCCAAGGACUAUGUAGAGGCUAUGUGGCUGAUGUUGCAAAAUGAUGAGCCGGAGGACUUCGUCAUAGCUACUGGGGAAGUUCACAGUGUCCGUGAAUUUGUUGAAAAAUCAUUCAUGCACAUUGGAAAAACCAUUGUGUGGGAAGGAAAGAAUGAAAAUGAAGUGGGCAGAUGUAAGGAGACCGGCAAAGUUCACGUGACUGUGGAUCUGAAAUACUACCGACCGACUGAAGUGGACUUUCUACAGGGAGACUGCUCCAAGGCUCAGCAGAAACUGAACUGGAAACCCCGCGUUGCCUUCGAUGAGCUGGUGAGAGAGAUGGUGCAGGCCGACGUGGAGCUCAUGAGGACCAACCCCAACGCUUGAGCCCCUCUGCAGAAACUAGAGGCAUUGGCAACAGUGCAGAGCCAGUGAACCGGAGUUCAGUCACUCCUGCCAACCAUGGACCCUCGACCUCCUGUGUUGUCCCUGCAUCUAGAGCUGGGCCACAGAGGUUUGUAGACCCCAAGACAGGACACGCCAGACCUAAGGCCGCAUUGCUUUUGUCAAAGCCUCCUCUGAAUGAUUUUGGGAAAUCAAGAAGUUUUAAUCACAUAUUCAUUUUACUUGAAAUUAUGUCACUAGACAACUUAUAUUUUGGAGUCUUGAGAUUGUUUUUCUCUUUUCUUAUUAAAUAAUCUUUCUAUAAACUAGCAAUAA